AUGAAUGUGGGCAUUCCCAGCAAUCGGCGGACGGCACAGGCCGGGCAAAAUGCUGGUCAUGCGCGCCCAAGAUCACCAGAGACUAAGACUGGCGCCAACAGAGCUCGGUCCCCAGCUUUGGGCAAAUCUUCCGCGCCAAACCCGAGUGGUCCAACAACGAGGUCAUCCAUAGCUUCAGGUGGGCCGCCCGCCGGGUCUGUGGGAUCAGGAUCUUUAGGCAAGGGUGCGCACAGCGCGCAUGGAGCGCAACCCAACGUUCGUCGGGUGACCUCCUCUACCGUCGAGGAGAUUCGGCGGAUUGAUGCAAACAGGGAGCAGAGGCGACGACAAGCAGAGGAGGUACGGCGCAGCCGACAAGAGGAGGCAGCACUCUUAGGAGCCCAGUGUGGAGGACAUGCCCCGGACAUCGACUUUCACAGGAUGAUCCAGAACUACCGUCAGCAGAACUACCGCCAGCCCGUGCGCUUCGAGCCAUUGGACCCAGGUGCUCCUGAUGGUGUCAUGGUAUGCGUACGGAAGCGGCCCAUCAUGCAGCACGAGGUGACAAAUUCAGAAUUGGAUUGCGUCACAGCUUGCAAUCCUUGUGCUGUGAUUCAUGAGACAAAAUUGAAGGUGGAUGGCAUCACAAAAUGCCUUGAGUCCCAUCAGUUUGAAUUUGACAGAGUGUUUGACGAAGAAUGCACGACUGAGGACGUGUACACGACUGUGGCGUCUCCCAUCGUGCCAUGGGUUCUGGCAAAAGGUGGGCGUGCCACACUUUUUGCCUACGGCCAAACCGGGUCAGGCAAGACAUUCACGAUGACGGGCAUUCAACGUUUGCUUACUGAGCACCUUUUCGAACAUGUCCGAAGGUAUUCUGCUUUGGAUUUGACAGUGUCGAUCUCGUUCUUUGAGAUCUACGGUGGGAGGCCAUAUGACUUGCUGAACAACAGACAGCGCUUAGAGACUUUGGAGGAUGCAAACAACGAGGUUCAGAUUGCAGGGCUUGUAGAGCGCGGCACCGCGAACCCACAAGAGAUGCAGCAGUGUAUUGACUUGGGAAACUCUCUUCGAACCACCCAAGGCACUGCCAUCAAUCGAGACUCAUCACGUUCCCACGCAAUUUGUGUGGUUUUUCUUCGGAAAACAGGUGGUGGAAGCAUUCACGGCAAAGUUACUUUGGUCGACCUGGCUGGUUCUGAACGGGCAGCAGACUCCAAGUCAAGCAUUCGUCAGAGGCGUGUUGAGGGUGCGCAAAUCAACAAGUCACUCCUGGCGCUCAAAGAAUGCAUCCGUGCCAUGGGCGAUCGGCGGGAGGCACAUGUACCUUUCAGGGCUUCCAAGCUGACAUUAGUGUUGCGAGAUGCUUUCAUAUCACGCGGGCCGGCAAAGACCAUCAUGAUAGCUUGCAUUUCGCCGGGCAUGGCUUCUGCUGACCAUAGUGUGAACACACUUCGCUACAGUGAUCGGCUGAAAGAGCAUCCAGGGCAGCAUCCACGUAGCGGGAAGACCGUGGAGGAUGGUGACUCUGCAGCAGGGCGCCGCUUGUCCACAGGCAUUCGCACUCAAAGUCCUGACCGCAAGCUGCAGUCCCAGCGUCGAAGCCCAUCGCCUACGCAAGAGCGCGGAGUCAUUGCCGGUGCUAGGCAAAGACCCAACAGCGGCACAGUUCCUGAUUUGUCAAAAGAUGAAGUUUUCGACUUGCACUCUGAAGAGGAGCUUUUGGAUGAAGACCUUGAAGACUUGGAGGACAAGCAUGCAGGGCCAUGCCAGCAAGGCGGCCAAGGAGGUGGGGGUCCUUCUGCAUUGGCACCGGCUGCGCAAGCUUUCCCAGCGGCAUCGCAGGCUUGGGCAGAGUCCCGGCAUUGGGAAGACCGCAUUGUUACACAGCACAUGCAUGCUUUGCAAGAGGAUGCUCGGCUCCUAACAAAGGAGAGUGAGCUGUUAUCACAAGUUCAACAAGGAGCUGCCUACGACCUCGAGUGGUACGCCCUUGAGGUGGACAAAAUUGUUAGAAGAAAGGUCGAGGUGUAUAUGAAUCUGAUGGAAGACCUGGCAGUAUUCAAGACGCAGCUCAAGCGUGACGAGACGCACGCAGGAGCUCGGCGGCUUAGCAGGGCCGACGCCCGCGCCGAGGGUCCACAGCCAGCUCCCUCUACAUUGAACGUCCCUCAAACAUCGCCGCGAUUGCAAGCGGCUAUGGAUGGCCACCCAUGCAAUCCGCAGCGCACACCGCGCACGCCUCGCCUUCAUGCAGGCGAGCUGCCAAGUGAUGUACGAUGA